AUGGGGAUCAUUUCUUGUAGAAAAAUAAAAAACGAUAUUCAAUAUGAUAAGUCAUUUGAAGACUUCCAAUAAUUUGUUAACUCUAAUUUGAAAGGUCAUUAAAGAAUCAGUCUUAAUUUUAAGGAUUGUUUAUUAAGUUAAGAGAAUGUUUCUGAAUUAGCUACUGCAUUAUCUCGCUGCGAAAAUCUAUCUAUUUUAAAUAUUGAUAUUUAAGAACAAAAAUAAAUUGGUCCUGAUGAAAUAUCAAAGAUAAGUUAAGGUUUAUAACAAUGCACUCAUCUUUAAUCUUUGAUAAUAGAUAUAGAUUAUUGCUCCGUUGAUGAUAAAGGAUUAAAUAAUUUGAGUCUUUCUUUAGAAAAAUGUACUGCUCUGUCAUAUUUAAAACUUUUUGUAAGGGCUAACCAUUUAUAACCAUAAUCAGCUACAUCAUUAGGUUCUUGUUUGUCCAAACUAAAGAAACUCGAGCAUUUAGAUCUAAAAUUAUCUCAUAAUGCAAUUAAAGACGAGGGUCUUGCCAAUUUAUGUAGCUAUUUAAAAGAUUGCUCAAAUCUUCAAAUCUUAACUCUUGGUCUUAGUGGAUUGGGCUAUACUGAAAAUGGAGUUUCAUUCUUAGGCUCUGCGCUAUAAAACUGCUAUCAACUCUAAAUUUUAGAUAUGGAUAUGAGCAAUAAUGAAAUCAAAGAUUUAACUGGAUUAUGCUUAGGACUAUAAAAUUGUUCUAAUAUUUUUCAUUUAAAAAUGGAUCUUAAUGAUUCAUAAAUAGGGUAGUAGGCAGCAUAAAGUUUAGGAUCUUUAAUAGCUAAAUUAUUAAAUCUUUAAAAGUUAUCUCUUAUACUCGAGCGAAAUUAAAUUGGAAAUGAUGGCUUAUCUAAUUUAGCAUAAAGUAUUAGCUAAUGCAAUAAUCUUUCUUAUUUAUAUCUUCAUUUGAGCAACAACAAUAUUGGAUCUUUAGGGACAACAGCUUUAGGUUAGAAUAUUUCAAAAUGCAAAAAUCUGAAUGAUUUACAUCUAUUUCUCUCAGAUAAUAUGGUUAACAUGACAGACUUAGCAAAUAUGUGCUCGGCUUUGGUUGAAGGAUCUGCUCUAGAACAUUUACAUCUUAAUUUAAAAAAUUGGAAUAAAUAGUAUGUUAGUGAAAAUUAGAAUGGAAUUUUUAAAUUAGAAAAAACAACUAAACUGAGAAAGUUUUCUUUUGACUUAAGUAAUUAAGUAUUUAGCAAAGAGUUUAUCUCAAGCCUUGGUCACUUUUUAAUUAAUCUUAGCUGUCUUUCUCAUCUAUCUUUGUUUUUUGAGUAACAAGCAUUUUAUUAGAAUAAUUAAAUAUUUUUAUAUUUCAUUUAAUAUAUUUUAAUGUUAGUAAAUUUUUAUUUUUAAUCAAAAAUAAUUUUUAUUAUUAAUAAAUAAAAAUUUAGUCUGAAUAAGCAUAAUUAAAAAAAUGGCAUAUGCAUGCAUGAUAUAUAAUUAAAAAAUUUUAAUUUUGUUUACUAAUAAGCUUAAAAACUCAAAAAGCAUAAAAUUAUAUUUUGCUUAUUGAACAAUAUUUUUCAUUGA